GUUGUUACGUUGUGUAACUGUCAACCAUGGAGUUCAGCCGAGUGAUGUCAGCGUUUCAGCACCAAAAACAGAAAGCGAUUACAGCAAAGUGUUUGAGUACAUGCAAUAUUAAAGAUAGCUUAGUUCAUUUUUAAGGUCUCCAAUACGCAACCUCGCAGCCAUGGAUAGCGAUGACGAAAAUAUGGAAGAAGUAAUAGAAGGUCCCCUGGAUGAAGAUGACCAGCCUCAUGGGUUUUGUACGAUCACUUACUCCUCUAGCGACCGCUUCGAAGGACACUUUGUUCACGGGGAGAAGAACGGCCGAGGGAAGUUCUACUUUUUCGACGGGAGCAUCCUGGAAGGUUACUACGUGGACGAUGCCCUGCAAGCCCAGGGAGUUUACACCUAUGAGGACGGGGGCGUCCUUCAUGGCACUUACCUGGAGGGGGAGCUGAAUGGACCCGCACGAGAAUACGAUGCAGAGGGACGCCUUAUCUUCAAGGGCCAAUACAAGGACAACACCCGUCACGGGGUGUGCUGGCUCUACUACCCUGACGGUGGAAGCCUGGUUGGAGAAGUGAAUGAAGAGGGGGAGAUGACUGGCAGCAAGGUGGCAUACCUGUACCCUGAUGGCAGGAUAGCACUACAUGGGAAGUUCAUUGAGGGGGAUCUCAUAGAGGCUAGGCUGGCCACCCUGACUUCUGUGGACAAUGGACGACCACAGUUUGAGAUACAACCUGACAGCCCGGUUUACACCUAUGACAAGUCCACCUCAGCCUGUAUUUCUACAAACUGCCUCCUGCCUGACCCCUAUGAGUCAGAGAGAGUCUAUGUCGCCGAUUCUUUAAUUGCUGGUGCUGGGGAAGGAUUGUUUGCCAAAACAGAAGCAGAGUCGAACACAGUGAUGGCCUUCUACAACGGUGUUCGCAUUACACAUGAAGCGGUGGACAGCAGGGACUGGUCCCUCAACAGAAACACAAUCUCUUUGGAUGAAGAAGUAGUGCUAGAUGUCCCUGAACCCUACAACAACGUAAAGAGGUACUCUGCAUCACUGGGGCACAAAGCCAACCACUCCUUUACUCCCAACUGCAUCUAUGACCCGUUUGUUCACCCCCGCUUUGGGCCUAUCAAAUGUAUCCGCACUCUCCGGGCUGUGGAGAGUGAUGAGGAGCUGAUGGUUGCCUAUGGAUACGACCACAGCCCUUUAGGAAAGAGUGGGCCUGAGGUCCCCGAGUGGUACAAGCAGGAACUACAGGCUUUCGAGGGGUAGUGAAACUGUGCAGAUUCUGUGUAUCAGGCUCUAACAGCAGAAGAAAGAAGAAAAAACAACCAAAAAACACGGAACUAUGCAAUACAGUUCUGUAGAAAACUCGAAAAGCAGGGAUUCUCACCGCCUAGCACUUAAUUCCUGUUUAGCUUCCAUUUAUUAUUAAAGCCAGGUUUUAUUAAACA